GGCCGAGGUUUGCUUGUGGGAAUUGUAGUCUGAUUUGCUUGAGCCCUUCGUUGUGACGUGCCAGGCGAAACUACAAGUCCCAGAUUGUUUAAGGCGGAAGUAGCGAGACAAAACACGGCUAGGCUACAGCACAACACGGCAGAGAAGAUGUCGCGUGUUGUUAAAAAGAGAAAACUGGACGAAAUCCGACAGGAUAGGCUUUAUUUUGACAGCUAUUCCGAUGUGACUAUCCACGAGGAAAUGAUAGCGGACCACGUCCGAACCAACACGUACCGGACGGCGAUACUGAAGAACAGUGAGUCAGUUCGGGGUAAAGUUGUUCUGGACGUCGGGGCAGGAACCGGCGUUUUGAGCAUCUUCUGUGCUCAGGCUGGAGCUAAAAAGGUGUACGCCGUGGAGGCCUGCUCAAUAGCGGAGCAAGCCCAGAUAACAGUCAAACACAACAACAUGGAGGACAGAAUUGAAGUCAUUCGAGGAACAGUGGAGACGGUGGACCUGCCGGAGACCGUGGACGUGAUAGUGAGCGAGUGGAUGGGUUAUGCCCUUCUGCACGAGUCCAUGCUCAACUCGGUCCUCUAUGCACGCGACAAGUGGCUGAAGCCGGGCGGCAUCAUUCUGCCGAGCAAAGCCGAACUCUACAUCACACCUGUUAUUGACCCGGUGGUGGAGGACCGCCUGCACUUCUGGUACACAGUCAAAGACCAGUACGGAGUGGACAUGUCCUGCAUGUCCGGCUUCGCCCGGAAAUGUAUCAUGAACUCAGACAUCACUGUUAGCGCUGUGACCUGCGAGGAUGUUCUCUCCCACCCGGCCCGCUUCGCCGAGCUCGACCUGCACUCGGUCACCCCGGAGGAGCUGCGGUCCGUGAAGGGCCAGUUCAGGUGCGAGUCGUUCGGCUCGUCGGCAGUGAACGCAUUCUGCGUUUAUUUCACGGUGACUUUCCCGUGCCCGGAUAGCACGGCUCCCCUCGUUCUUUCCACGUCUCCGUGCAAACCAGAGACACACUGGAAGCAAGCGGUGCUGUACCUGGACGCUCCGGUGGAAGUGGUGCAGGACACACCGAUUACUGGAGAGGUUAGAAUGUAUCCCUCAGAGGAAAACGCCAGGCAUAUAUGUAUCCACGUGGACUACUCUAUAGGAGAGCAGAAGCGACAGUCCAAGACUUUUUCCAUCCCUGAUUGGAGCUCUGAGGCUCAGCCAUAGCGUGCCAUCAACACCAAAGUGCACUUCAUUCACCAUGUGUCACACCCGUAUGCCCGAGUCCUCUUAUUGUGUCAUGGUUAUCCAUGGAUCUUAAAAUUCCUGGGAAAAUGAGGCAGUGGUGUCACUUUAUAAUAUAUUGGCAAAAAUAUAAGAUCACAAUAGGCCUCCCCAGCAAAUGAAUGGACAGCUGCAGAUUAAGACACAGAAUAAAGAUUGGCCAAGGAAUUUAACCUUUUUGUGCAUGUGCAUGUCUAAAAAGUAAAAGCACAUUUUCUUU